AUGGCCGGCGUCCCUGAGAAGGCCCGCUACUACCUCGAGCAGUCGGUGCCCCAGCUGCGCGAGUUCGAGGCCCUGUCCAUCUUCAGCGCCGCCGAGAUCUCGUCCCUGGUCAAGAAGCGCUCCGACUAUGAGCACCUGGUGCUGUCGCCGGGCUCGCAGCCGCGCGACUACCUGGCCUACAUCCGCUGGGAGCGGUCGCUCGAGGGCCUGCGGGCCAAGCGCUGCAAGCGCCUGCAGAUCCGCCGCAGCAGCUCCCACGCCGGCGAGGGCCGCGUCUUCGGCAUCCUCGAGCGCGCCGUCCAGCGCCACCCGGGCUCCCUCGACGUCUGGACCGAGUACCUCCGCUUCGCCGACGCCGUCAAGGCCACCAAACGCUGGCGCAAGGUCAUGAGCCGCGCCCUGCGCAUGCACCCGGCCAAGCCCGAGCUCUGGGUCGUGGCCGGCCGCCGCUCCGCCCACCACGGCGACAUGCAGGCCGCCCGCGGCUUCUUCAUGCGCGGCGCGCGCUUCUGCACCCGCGACGCCGUCGUCUGGGUCGAGUAUGCGCGCUGCGAGAUGGAGUGGCUGGAGAAGAUGGAGGAGCGGAAGGGCAAGAAGGGCGGCGCGCAGCGGGCGAUCCAGGAGCAGGCCGAGCACGACGACGAUGCCAUCAUGUUCGCCGAAGAGGACAGCGACGAGGACGCCGACGAGAACGGACGCCUAGUGAUGCCAGACCCCGACGCCAAGGGGGCGAAGAAGGUGUUCGACGACAAGGCGGUCCAGAAAAUGGUACAGAAGAACCCGGCGCUCGAUGGUGCCAUCCCCCUGGCCAUUUUCGAGAUUGCACAGAAGCAGCAAUUCUUCAACGCUGCCGCGGCAGAGAAGUUCUUCGACGUCUUUGCUGGUUUCCCCAGUGUCCCGUCCCAAUCAAAGCUCGUCCAGCGAGUCUUGGAUACGCUGGCAGAAUCGUAUGCCAACUCGCCGGAAGCUUGCAAUUGCUUCGUCAGACAGCCACUCAUUGGUCUCGAGCCCAACUCUGCUGCCUAUCCCAAGGCAUUGCGCGACGCCUUAUCACAACUCAAGAAGUCGUUGGAGAGCACGACAGACAAGACGCGGCUGGCACAAAAGACGAAUGCUUGGAUCGAGCCAGUGCUUGCAUCAGAGGAUCUCGAUACUGGCAUCCGUGCAGUAUUGGAGCAUACAGUCCGUACACUACCGAAGCCGUGA